AUGAUUCGAAGACAUAUAGAAAGUUCUUUUACCCUUACUCUUCUUUGUCGUAAUUUCUCAAAAAAGCAAAGAACCAAACAUCAGAUGCAUUAUUCUAAUGGUUCAGAUAUUUUGCGACCUGCGGCAACUAUCAUCAUAGCAGCACCAAUCAAUAAAAUUGAUGGUGUAAUAGAAUAUAACGAUGAAUUUAAUUACAAAGUAUUAACGAUGAAAAGAAAUGACAAGGGAUCAUUUGUCAACGCACAUGUAUUCCCAGGGGGGAAUGUAGAUUCAUCUGAUUCAUCAAGAGAAUGGUCUAAUUUAAUCUCAGGACACGAAUUCACGAAAAUAAUUGAUCACGAGCAAUCAUCAUCAACAUCAUCCUUAACUUCCAAAAUUUGUGCGAUCCGAGAAACAUUUGAAGAAUGUGGAAUUUUGCUCACCAAACCCAAUUUUAAAUUUGAUCUUACAGAUCACGAUGAAGCGAAACAAUGGCGUGACAAGAUACAUAAUGAUGCCAGCGAAUUUAUUUCAUUGUGCAAAAAAUUUAAACUAAAACCUGCAAUUGAAGAACUUUAUCUAAUCUACAAUUGGAUCACACCAAGCACAAAUCCCAAACGUUACAAUGUCAACUUCUACCUGACUAUUUUACCUGAUGAUAUUUCUUAUACCGACAUUGUGGCUGAUGGCAAAGAAGCAAUUCAAUUAAAUUGGUUCACGCCGGAGGAAGCAUUGACUGCGUUCCGCAAAUCUGAGAUUGAUCUUUUCCCGCCACAAUGGUACACAUUUACCGAAUUAUUCAAAUACAAAAA